CGAAUUAUUAGUGCAAAUUUAUUUUACCGAUUGUAUAGUUACUGAAUGUAUUUAUUAUUAUUUUUUAAUUGUUGAAGUUGAAGGUUAAUUGUGAAUUUUAUCUGUUUAUGUUGAUUCCAAUAUUUUUUUAUUGUGUAUUUGUUACGAGUUUAUGGGUACCGUAGACAAGGGUUGUAAUAGUGAUCUAUGUAAGACAUAGUGUUUAUAAAGUUACCAAAGAGAUUAUAAUAUAUAAAUAUAGUGAGGGAAUAUUUAUUUAGAGAAAGAUAUAUAUGUUAGAUGCUAUUAAGUUUCUGGAGCAAUAAUAAUAGUGAAGUUGAAGACAAAGACAGAAAUACUGGUGACAGUGAGUGUGAAAGAGAGGCAGCUAAGAUGGCUACAAUGGUGGAGUCACCUCCCCCACAUCUUAUAACUACUAUAGAAUGGAGCAUGAUGGACAAGAGCAAGUUUUUCCCGUUAUAUACAUUGAGCAGUUUUACAGUGAGAUGCGCCCUAUACCCCCUAACCCUGGUGAAGACACAGAUCCAAGUGCAACGGAAGAAGGAGGCCUACAGUGGGGUCCUUGAUGCCAUCUCCAAGAUCUACAAAAAUGAGGGUGUCUCCGGCCUGUAUAGGGGGUUCUGGCUGUCCAGUUUUCAGAUAAUUUCAGGGGUGUUCUACAUAACCACGUACGAGGGGGUAAGACACGAACUGGGCAAAUACGAUCUCAAUUCCAAGACAAAGUCGUUCAUAGGCGGCGGGUGCGCGUCGCUGGUGGGGCAGACGAUAAUAGUGCCCUUCGACGUGCUGAGCCAACACCUCAUGGUGCUGGGGCUGGUCAAAGGCAGGGCGGGAGCCAGUAAAAACCCCAAAAUCAACCCCCUCCAGUUAGACCUUGAAAGGCGUUGGACCAAGGCAGCCUUAGCCCGCGAGGUGGCGCUACGAGUCUAUAGAAGGCGGGGCAUAGGAGGUUAUUAUAGAGGUUACGCCGCUUCUUUGGCGGCUUAUGUGCCCAAUUCUGCAUUGUGGUGGGCACUAUAUCAGGCUUAUCAGGAUGAACUCCUAAAGAUAAGCCCAGUAUGGGUGUCUCAUCUUCUAAUACAAUGCGUUGCGGGAACUAUGGGGGGAUUCACCACUACAAUCCUCACCAACCCGUUGGACAUCGUGCGGGCGAGGCUACAGGUAGAAGGUGUGAGCACGAUGCGUCAAGUAUUCCGCGAUCUAUGGCAAGAGGAGGGCCUGCUCGGUUUAUACGUGAAAGGUCUGUCUGCACGUCUGGUUCAGUCCGCUUGUUUCUCGUUCAGCAUAAUACUCGGAUACGAGAGUAUAAAGCGAGUGGCCGUCAGCGAUGAGUAUCGGGCGAGAGUGCGCUGGUGAUAGCGAAUAAUAAAUCUAACGCCAGAACUGAGAAGUUUCAUUGUGUUAAAUCCCUAUCUUUUGCCUCAAAUAAUUCAAAAAUAAAUUU